CGUCACUACAACAAUUUGUUGUACUGCAUCUGUGGUUUGUACUGACGCAAAUAAAUCUUCAACUCUCAGAUUUCCCACCGAAUAAACUGCAAAAUUUUGAUUAAAUGGCUUCACAAGAGCAUCAUGUGCAUGACCAUCAACAUGCUCAUGAGCAUGAUCAUCACCAUCACCAUCAUACCCAUGGGGAUUCGGGAACAGGGUCAUGGGUGGGCCCGGACGGGAGGGUGUACCAUAGCCAUGACGGACUGGCACCACACUCUCAUGAGCCAAUUUACUCCCCAGGCUACUUUAGCAGAAGGGCACCUCCGCUUAUCAACAGAGAUUUCAAUGAAAGAGCCUUCACUAUUGGUAUUGGUGGUCCUGUUGGUACUGGAAAAACAGCUUUAAUGCUAGCUUUAUGUAAAUUCCUGAGGGACAAGUACAGUCUUGCAGCUGUGACAAAUGAUAUAUUCACAAAAGAGGACGGUGAAUUCUUGAUAAAGCAUGGAGCACUUCCUGAAGAAAGGAUUCGUGCUGUAGAAACUGGUGGCUGCCCACAUGCUGCUAUUAGAGAAGAUAUCAGCAUUAAUCUUGGGCCUCUCGAGGAGCUCUCCAAUCUGUACAAAGCAGACAUACUUCUUUGUGAAUCUGGAGGAGACAAUCUAGCUGCCAAUUUCAGCAGAGAACUGGCCGACUAUAUAAUCUAUAUAAUUGAUGUAUCUGGUGGUGAUAAAAUUCCUCGAAAAGGAGGUCCAGGCAUUACACAAGCUGACCUUCUUGUAAUAAACAAAACUGACCUGGCAGCUGCAGUUGGAGCUGAUCUACAGGUCAUGGAACGUGAUGCAGUUCGAAUGAGGGAUGGUGGUCCAUUUGUUUUUGCGCAGGUCAAGAAUGGUGUUGGCGUGGCGGAGAUAGUUAGCCACAUUUUACAGGCUUGGGAAGUAGCAACAGCGAAUAAGCGCCGUUGACUUGUUGUGCACUAUGUUUUCCAUAUUAUGUUAAUAAGAAUUGGCAAACUUGCUUAGCUUGUACUUUUUAUGUUCUUUCCCGUUUCUCUGGAAAUUCGAAUGAAGAUCUUUAUAUUAGCUUAACGAGAACUUUAUAUUCA